CUUUUUUUACUUUUACUUUUAUUUUUAUUUUUAUUUUGGCUUUUGCGCUUGCGCUUUUUCGGGAUUCGAGUUGUCUCCUUUACUCGUUUAAUAUUACUGCUAACUAGUACUAAAAAAGGAACACAGUAUCAUCAUGUUCAAUUUUGGAACAGGGAUUAUAGGACUGCUAUUCAAGAUAAUUAAGAUGAUUGCUGAAGUUGGAGUAUCAGUUGGUGCAUUAGCAUUAUUGGGGAUUUAUACUUAUCAAAAUAAGCUUAUCUAUCCUGCAUCAAUGAAUGAUGGACAUGGAUAUUGUGCAACACCUGAUGAAUAUGAAAUGCCAAAUUAUGAAUCAAUUAAUUUAAUUACUGAAGAUGGUGAAACUCUUCAAUGUUAUCUGAUUAAACAUGAUAUUAAUAGUAUAAAUUAUAGUAAUAAAACGGUAUUAAUUUUAUCACCAAAUGCUGGUAAUAUAGGUCAUGCAUUACCUAUUGUAUCAAUAUUUUAUAAUCAAUUUGGUUAUAAUGUAUUUAUUUAUUCCUAUAGAGGUUAUGGUCGUUCAACAGGGACUGCUUCUGAACAUGGAUUAAAAAUUGAUGCACAAAGAGUAAUUAAAUAUUUAACAGAAGAAGAUGAACAAUAUCAACAAUCAUCAAUUGUAUUAUAUGGUAGAUCAUUAGGUGGUGCAGUAGCAAUUUAUAUAGCAGCAACAAUGUCUCAAGCUAUAAGUGGUCUUAUAUUAGAAAAUACUUUUUUAUCUAUAAGAAAAACUGUACCUCAUGUAUUCCCAUUAUUAAAGUAUUUUACAAGUUUUGUUCAUCAAAAUUGGGAUCUGGAAAAAUUAGUACCAUUAAUUCCUGCUAAGAUACCUGUAAUUUUAUUAAGUGCAAGAAAUGAUGAAAUUGUACCUCCAUCUCAUAUGGAUGCAAUAUAUUCUCGAUUAAAGAGUGAAGAUAAAGUUAUAUAUAAAUUUGAAAAUUCUAAUCAUAAUGAUACGGUUAUUCAACCUCAAUAUUGGGAAAGAAUUCAACAAUUUAUUCAAGAUAAAGUUAAUCCUGUUGGUUAUUAGAAUAAUGACGUAAGAUUUAUAAAGUAGAAAACUUAAUAUACUAAUAUAACAGUAAAAGGAAAGUAGAUAAUAAUAAAAA